GAUUCUAAAAAUCCGCGACCCGGAAGUACUUAGUUCAUUUUUACCUGUUUCACGACAGUCUAGUCAGUCACCUCUGUGGCUUGCUAUCCAACAUAGUCGAAACAUUGGAGCUCUUUAGACGCUUUCGGUGUAUAUUUGCCUCUGUGUUUUAAACUUCUUUCGUGUAGCUAGUUGCCCCAUUUAAGUUCAUAUUUACGUUGUUAGACAGGUAGCUAGCUAAGUUAGCUUAGCACCAGGCUACUCGUUAAUGCUAACUAGCAUCACCAACCAUGAGCUCACUAAGCUACUCUCUUGCUAACGAAGAGGAGGUCUGCUGGACGGAGAAAGAGGGUCUGGGGCUGAACAUUGUCGUCAAAGAAGAGGAGGAUGUUACAGUAAAAGGAGAGGAAGAAGCUUUCAGAAUGAAAGAGGAGGAAGAGGAAUCUUUUAGAUGGAAAGAGGAAGAGGGGAUAGAGGCUGUCACAGUGGAAGAAGAGGAGAUAGACGUUUUCGGAAUGAAAAAGGAGGAAGAGGAGGAUGUUAUAGUGAAAGAAGAGGAUGAACCUUUUAGAGUGAAAGAUGAAGAGGGGAUAGAGGCUGUCACAGUGAAAGAAGAGGAGGUAGAAGCUUUCAGAAUGAAAAAUGAGGAAGAGGAGGCCAUAACAUUUAAAGAAGAAAAGGAGGAUAUAGUGAAAGAACCUUUUGGAGAGGAAGAGGAGGCUAUCUUACAUAAAGAGGUGGAGGAAGACGUAUUGGGAGAUGAAGAGGAGGUGGAAGGAGAGGAAGAUGAGACUGAAGAUCUGAUUAACACCAGAGAGAAACCAGACUCUCACUCUGACAGUGGGAAGAGUCCUUCAGAGAAUCCAGACCCAGAGAUUCCCAAACCAGCGAGACGACACAACUGCUCCCAGUGUGGAAAGAGUUUUAAGUGGUUAUCUAAGCUCAAAGAGCAUGAGAGAACACACGCAGGAAAAAAGCUCUUCCAAUGUUCCCAUUGUGAAAAGAGAUUUAACCAGUCAUCACUUCUGAAAGAGCAUGAUAAAAUACACACAGGAGAAAAGCCUUUCCAAUGUCCCCAGUGUGGAAAGGGUUUUACAUGGUUAAGGCACCUGAAAGAGCAUGAGAGGAUACACACAGGAGAGAAGCCUUUCCAUUGCUCCCAGUGUGGAAAGCGUUAUACUCGAUUAGCACACCUAAAAAUACAUGAGAGAAUUCACUCUGGAGUGAAGGCUUACCUCUGUUCCCAGUGUGGAAAGAAUUUUAGGUGGUUAGAGAACCUGAAGCAACAUGAAAGGACACAUACAGGGGAGAAGCCUUACCAUUGCGCUCAGUGUGGAAAGGAUUUUACCACAUUAGGGAACGUAAAAGAGCAUAAGAAGAAACACACAGGAGAAAAACCUUUACAAUGUUCCCAGUGUGGAAAGAGAUUUACACAUUUAGGAAAUCUGAAAAGGCAUGAAGGAAUACACACAGGAGAAAAACUCUACCACUGCUCUCAUUGUGGAAAGCGUUUUACCCAGUUAGGGUAUUUGAAAAAACAUGAGAAAAUACACUCUGAAGAAAAGCCUUACCCCUGUUCCCACUGUGGAAAGAGUUUUCGGUGGUUAGGGGACCUGAAAGAGCACGAGAGGACGCACACAGGGGAGAAACCUUACCAUUGCUUCUUGUGCGGUAAGGAUUUUACCAAGUUAGGGAACCUAAAAGAGCAUAAGAAGAAACACACAGGAGAAAAGCCUUACCAAUGCUCCAUGUGUGAAAAGACUUUUACCCAGUUAGGGGGCCUGAAAUAUCACGAGGGGACACACACAGAAAAAAAGACCUACCACUGCUCUCAGUGUCAAAAGACAUUUACCCGAUUAGGGAACCUGAAAAAGCAUGAGAGAAUACACACACUCAGGUGAGGAUAAGACCGUCCACUGCUCCCAGAACCUGAAAGAGCAUAAGAAGAAACACACAGGAGAAAAGCCUUACCAAUGCUCCUUAACCUCUUAUGACUUUAACCUUUCAUGAGUGUGGCCGUGUCAUCUGACCAUGCCACCGAUUCUAAUCCAAGUGCCAAAGAACUGUACCCAGAACUGUACCCAGUACCACAACAUUUUAUUUUAGCCAAAAACCUGGCAUUGCCAGGAAGCUGACACUUGAGGCCACUGGGUUCUUGGGAACCUUCAAUGCUGCAGACAUUUUUUGGUACCCUUCGUCAGAUCUGUGCCUUCGACACAAUCCUGUCUCGGAGCUCUUCGGACAAUUCUUUCGACCUCAUGGCUUGGUUUCUGCUCUUACGUGCACUGUAAACCUUUUUAUAGGUUGUCCUUCUGGAAGGUUCUAUAUAAACAGGUGUGUGUCUCUUUCCAAAUCAUGUCCAUUCAGUUGAAUUUACCACAGGUGGAGUCCAAUCAAGUUGUAGAAACAUCUCAACGAUGAUCAAUGGAAACAGGAUGCACCGGCGCUCAGUUUGGAGUCUCAUAGCAAAAGGGUCUGAAUACUAAUGUAAAGAAGGUUUUUCCGUUUUGUAUUUGUAAUAAAUUUGCAAAAAGUGUAAAA